AUGCGCCUCUCCCGAAGCCUGCCAAGCACCACAAGGGUCGCCACCAGCACAGCGACAAGAGGCCACACCGGGGACCGCGACUCCCGCGUGUGCGCACACGCAGAUGCGCCCAUAUGCACACGGACGGGCGCGCUGCGGGGACCAGGGCUGCUCACUGCGGGGCUUCUGCCUCGGACCCCGGCCAAUCCCCCAGAUCUCCCCCGGGACCCCCCACCCCGCAGCCCACCCACCCGAGCGCACAGCUCCUCACCUGAGGGGCCCAGUCGCGUCGGGCCUCCCGAGGGGGCUGCGAGUGUCAGUCGGCUCUCCGCACGUGUCCGCGGCCUCGCGGAGCAGUCCACCCCGGCUGGUUUCUGCUUCCACCUGCUGAUCUUGCAGAGCACUGCAAGCUAUUUGGCAUAUGAAGGUCUUGACCUGAGAAAACCAUCUUGGAUAACCGCAGCAAGGAAAAGGAAAAAUGCAACACCUAGGAGAUUUCAGUAAACAGUAGAAUCAUGCCAACCUAAUCUGUGUUAAAAUGCUUGGAAUGUGGGAGCCGCUGAUGAUGCCUGUUGUCUGUGUGUCUGACUGAAUCCUUUCUUUUCUCAGAGCAGCAAAGCAAAGCCUGGGAACCAGGCCAAAUGCCUGCCACUUACCUUAAAUUGAUCAGCCACUUUGAGAUUAAAACCCCUGAAAGCUGCCACACCGUGAAAACAAGGCCUCCUUCACAUUAAAGGCAAAUUGCGACUUUG